AUGUAUCAACUUGCUCAUGAUGAAACACCGCGUUAUCUCUUAGGGUUAGCGGAGGUAGUCUUCCCAUCUCCAGAAUUGAACGGCGACUUCGGUUGCGCGACCGAUCUUUCAUCUUCUUCCUUACCAGACCAGUCCCGUCAUUGUGGCUGGUGCUGCUAUCCGCUUGAAGGAGAUUCUGCCACCAUCCAAGUUUACGAGGAGACAGCUGGAUUGACGGUUAAUGAUCAUGUUCUUCGAACCCACAAGCCUCUUUCUGUGGAGCUUGGACUAGAAAUAUUGGGAAACAUCUUCGAUGUAAUUCAGGUGAAGCCUUUGAAGAAUAUUACGAAAAGAUCUGGUGAUGUGUACAUCCUCGUGGUGUGUCUGUUCCAGCUCUUGACAAAGAUUGUCUUUGGGAAUUCCAGCCUAAUGAUUUUGAUCGUCUUCGAGUACACUCUGAUGACUCACCGUGUUGCCCUUCAUCCUGAUGCCAUGGGGAAGAUCACUUACCUUGCUCCUGCUGGUCAAUAUUCUUUUAAGAGCUGGCAUGUGCGUACGCCUAAGCCAGUCGCAUCCAAACUUGCUGUGGAUACUCCUCUACUUAUGGGGCAGUAUUCCAACUCCGAUGCUGUCGUUUACAUUGGUUGUGGAGAAAGAGGAAAUAAAAUGGCUGAGGUGCUUAUGGACUUCCCACAAUUGUAA